AAAACACAAUCAUAAGAAAAAGAAACACUGAGAUCAUGAAGUUCAUCUUCAUAUUACUCUCAAGCCUUUUACUAGGAUGUCUCUUGGUCAUGAGUGUCCAAAGGAACUCAUUAGUUUCAGGUCAAGAAUGGAACAAAAACAAUUUCGAGGUGACUGAAAUUACAGCCAUAUCUGCUCAAAAGAAACAUUUUGGGAGUAAUGGAGCUUAUCAUAUGAGGAAGCUAUUUGGAACCACCAUACAUCAUGAAGAGACUAAUGUUGAUUCUAAAAAUGGAAAAGGAGAGAUUUCUUCAAAGAUUUCAGGUGAUGAGAAUAAUAUUAAUUUGAAGAAGUCUUUCAGAAGAUUAUUACAAGCACAGAAGAAUGAUGUCCAGCAUGUGGUAAAGAUGAAAAAGGCAUAUUUGAAAGUCAACAAAUUUGCAAUUCCAAGGAAAAGUCUCACCACCAACACAAACACAAACACAGAGUGUUCACAAGAUUGUGAUGUUGUGCCAAUCAAGGGUAGCUCAGACAAAUCAUCAAGGCAUGAACACCAAAUUUCUAAAGAAGCUCAAGAUAUUGAUGCUGCAAAAGAAAUUGAAAGCCUUAUGUAUAAGGAUUAUAAUAAUAAGGGAAAGCCAUCCCAUAGGCCACCAAUCAAUAAUCAUGUGCCUAAUAAUCCAUAGUGUAUAAUAUUUCAGGUUCACAUUCAAUUUUGUACUAAGUUGCUAGCAACUUAUAGUAGUGUGCUUGAUAUAUAGUAUAAGAUAUAGGUAAUAGGUUUGCUUUAUAUUAUAGUAGCUUUUAUUUUUCAUGUGUCAACUAUCUAGAAGGUUUGUUUGUUUGUUUUCAAAUAUCAAAAGCAGAAUAUUAUG